AUGGCUUCUGCAAGUGGAUCUGGGAGUGCAUCGGCUAGUAAUACUGGGGCAGUAGCCAAAUCUAGGAAAAAUGCAACUGGAGUUAGAGAUGAUCCGGCUUGGGCGCACGGUUAUGAAGUUCCAGGAGAGAGGCUGAAGAUUAAAUGUAAAUAUUGUGACAAGGUAGUUUCUGGAGGUCCCUAUAGGUUGAAACAUCACUUGGGAUGUACCAAGAUUAACGUGGCACCUUGUCCAGCUGUUCCUGAUGAUGUUAAGAAUAAUAUGCUCGCUAUUUGUAUGCGUUUAGAGGAUCUUUCAGUGAAGAAAAAACAAGCUAGUAGUUGUGGUUUAGAAGGUGAUGAUGUUGUAGAUGUUGGUAAUGAUGAUGAAGAUGCAGGGAAUCCUGAGUUUGAAAAGAUGUGUCAUUUGAUUGGGAAGUAUGGUAUUGGAUUGAAACCGCCGUCUUAUCAUGAGCUUAGUGAUAAAUAUUUGAGAAAAGAGGUUGAUAAUACUAUGUCAUUGCUUGAGGAGCAUAAAGCUAUGUGGAGAAAGUCGGGGUGUUCUAUAAUGUCAGAUGGUUGGACUGAUAAGAAGAAGAGGUCCAUAUGCAAUUUCUUAGUGAAUAGCCCUAAGGGAACAAUUUUUUUGACUUCCAGUGACACAUCAGACAUCUCUAAGACUGCAGUGAAAGUAUUUCAGAUGAUAGAUGAUAUAGUGGAGCAAGUUGGGGAAGAGAACGUGGUUCAAAUUGUCACGGAUAAUGCUGCUAAUUACAAGGCAGCAGGUGAGAUGCUAAUGGAGAAACGGAAGAAGUUAUUUUGGACUCCUUGUGCAGCUCAUUGCAUAGAUCUUAUGUUAGAGGAUUUGGAGAAGAAGAUUAAGGUACAUGAGCUGACAAUAAUGAAGGGUAGGAAGAUUACGACAUUCAUUUACUCGAGAACACUUCUCAUCACAAUGCUGAAGCAUUUCACCAAGGGCAAAGAUUUGAUUAGACCGGCUGUGACUCGCUUUGCCACUGCUUAUCUGACUUUGGGAUGCCUCUUCGACAAUAGAAAUGCUCUAAGGACAAUGUUUGCAUCCAAGCAAUGGAAAGGGAGUCGAUUUGCGAAGUUAGAAGGUGGAAAGUAUGCGGAACGUGUUAUUAUGGAUACCAGAUUUUGGAGUAAUGUUAAUACAUGUUUGAAGGCUGCAUAUCCUCUCAUUAAGGUCCUCCGCAUGGUGGAUUCGGAUGAAAAGCCCGCGAUGGGCUUUAUUUAUAAUGAGAUGGAGAAAGCUAAGCAGAAGAUCAAAACAAACUUCAAGGAUGAUCGGAAGAGCUAUGAUCCUAUUUGGAAAGUUAUUGAUGAGAGAUGGGAGGUUCAACUUCAUAGGCCUCUACAUGCUGCUGCUUAUUACCUGAAUCCCCAGUUGCAUUUCUCUUCUGAAUUUAGAGCUGAUAGAGAAGUUAUGCGUGGAUUAUAUAAGGUUAUGGAUCGGAUGCUAGAUGAUGAAGAGAGGGAUAAGGUUGAUUUGCAGCUAGAGGAAUUCAAACAUGAAAGAGGACUCUUUGGAUUCUCAUCUGCAAAGUCUAUGAGGUUUAAGAAGACACCGGCAGAUUGGUGGGAAUCAUAUGGUGCCGAUACCCCAGAGUUGCAAAGAUUUAGUAUAAGGAUAUUAAGUUUGACCUGUAGCUCUUCGGGAUGUGAGCGUAAUUGGAGUGCUUUUGAAAUGGUACACACAAAGAGAAGAAAUCGGUUGCAUCAAAAGAAGAUGAAUGAUUUAGUAUUUGUGAUGUACAAUUUGAAGUUGAAAGAUAAGAAGAUCAGGAAGCAAGUUGAUCUUCAAGUAGAGGACAUUUCUUCCGAUGAUGAAUGGAUUGUCGAAGAUGAGACAGAGAAUACCGCAACUUUAAGUCAUAAUUUUAACUUGCGUUCUCUUGGUCGUGGGGAUGAUGGUGAUGAAGAAAGUGAAGGUAUUCAAAUUGGCGAUGAACAUGCAGAGAAUAUGCGCACACAAGAGCAUGGCACGGUUGAUGACUUAGAACUUCCCGAAGAAGAUGAGUUUGAUAUUUUGUAUGAUGAUGAUGUUGGUGAUGAUGAAGAUUUGGAUGAGAUUUGA